CAGAGCUGCGCGGGGAAUCGCCGGGGGCUUCUCGGCACCUGGGCACCGGGGCUCACGCCCUCCCACCGCCUCCACUCGAGCCCGCCCACCAUGAAGUCUCCCUUCUAUCCAUGUCAGAACACCACCUCGGUGGAGAAAGGCAACUCAGCGACGAUGGGCGGGGUACUGUUUAGUGCGGGCCUCCUGGGCAACCUGCUGGCCCUGGGGCUGCUGGCGCGCUCAGGGCUAGGGUCUUGCCGACCGCGCCCGCCGCGCCCGCCGCCCUCGGUAUUCUACGUGCUGGUGUGCGGCCUGACCAUCACCGACUUGCUGGGCAAGUGCCUGAUAAGCCCGGUGGUUCUGGCUGCCUAUGCGCAAAAUCGGAGCCUGCGAGGGCUAAUGCCUGCGUCCGGUGACGAGUCACUGUGCCAAACCUUCGCUUUCUUCAUGUCUUUCUUUGGGCUCGCAUCGACAUUACAGCUCCUGGCCAUGGCUCUGGAGUGCUGGCUUUCCCUGGGGCACCCCUUCUUCUACCAAAGGCACAUCACCCUACGCCGGGGCGUACUCGUGGCUCCGGUGGUGGGUGCAUUCUGCCUGGCUUUCUGCGCACUGCCCUUGAUGGGUUUCGGGAAGUUCAUUCAGUACUGCCCAGGCACCUGGUGCUUCAUCCGGAUGGUCCGCGAUGACUCGAUCUGGGUGGUGGUCUACUCUGUUCUCUACUCCACGCUCAUGGCGCUGGUGGUUCUUGCCAUCGUUCUGUGCAACCUUGGGGCGAUGCGCAACCUUUACACUAUGCACCAGCGACUGAGACGACACACGCGCUGUGGACUCAGGGACAUCGCGGAGCCAGGCGCGGGAAAGAAGGUGGCAUCCUCACAUCCCUUGGAGGAGCUGGAUCACCUCCUGCUGCUGGCCCUCAUGACAGUGCUCUUCACUAUGUGCUCUGUGCCUUUAAUUAAUCCAUGGAACCGGAGAAGUGGUAGAGGACAUCCUGCAUGCAUUGAGACAGAUCUUAUCCUGAGCUCAAGGUUUUCCUCAUACCAUCUCACUUCAGACUUCACAAAAAUCGCUCAGAAGUAUCGUUCCUACUAUGGAGCUGUCCAGGAUGCCACUGAAGAAUCGGACGAUCUUCUAGCCUUGCGUUUCCUGUCUGUGAUUUCAAUUGUGGACCCAUGGAUUUUCAUCAUAUUCAGAACUUCAGUAUUUCGAAUGUUUUUCCACAAGAUUUUCAUAAGACCUCUUAUGUACAGAAACUGGCAGAGCCAUUCCUAUCAAACUAAUGUGGAAUCCAGUUUGUGAUAGAGGCUUACAAUCUCUGGAUUUACUAUGCUUCUUGGACAAAUACUGACGUGUGACUUACCAGAGAGCUGUGUUAACUGAGUUCGGCGGCGUGAAGUAACUGGGCAUUUGCACAGAGGAACGGGGACUCAGCCAGCCUCAGUUGAAGCUAAUGGCCAUGGCCAUAACACCUUCCUAUAAAGACCACUUUCUGCUCUUAUGGAGACAGCAAAAUGUUACUGAGGCUCCUGUGGGCUGUGCUUUCACAACUGAAACAGGACACAGCUCAGAAGGAGCUCAAUCAAGCACUUUAGUUGGACAUUUAGAAGUUUACAAAGGUUAGCCAAACUGUGACCAGAACAGCAAAGUGGGGAACCACAGCUGUAGCUGAAUCGGAGACUCAGCCCCACAUGCAGCCCGCACUGUCACCUUGGGUAAAACAACUGGGGAGGGGGGGAGGCGACAACAACCAACUAGAGGGGAUCCAGCAUCUCUGGAGUUCCUUUGUACCCCUGCACACUUGGACUCUGAGGUGGAAAGCUGAGACCUCUAGCCAGCAAUCCCUCCUGGGGACAAAAGUAUUUACCUGGUUUCCAACUUCGCAGUAACUUCCUUUUUUUCACCUCUGGUUUUGCCCACAUCUCAGAGACGGUAUUAACCUUAUAAUAUACGUUUUUGUUUUCGUUUUUUGUAUAGCAAAACUGUGAAAAAAAACCAAAUUAGGAAUAUCAGAAAUAUAAUUUGAGAGUAUGACAUGAUGAAGAAAUUCAGUUGUUUUUCAAGUUUAGCUUUUGUUUGUGUGUUUAAUGUGUAUAUGUGUGUGUGUGUGUGCAUGUGUGUGUGUGUGUGUGUGUUCAUAUAUUUUUUUUUUGGUCAGAGGAAGUACAUCUUUUUGUCUUCUCCUUUUGAAAAAUGUGUUAUGAUAAUUGUUCAGAAAAUUUGAUAAGAUCCUAAAUAAAUCAACAAACAUAA